AUGACUUCAUUGAUUAAGAAGGAUCUUCCUCACAUAUGUGACAUAGUUAAUAAUAUGGACACGUACCGCGUAUUAAGGGGCCAGGUGAAUGGUUUAGGAUAUUCCUCGGAUGAACGACUGAUGCCCUACUUGGAGCUAGCUGGAUUCGAGUCAGCAGCAUUGACCCGGACGUUUGAUUUGCGGUGUGAUUUAAUAUCCAUAUUGGUCGAGCGUAGACGCUCGGAGAACCACACUUUUCAUUUGUCAUGUGAGGAGUGCACUGUCACUCUAGAGGAUGUUGCAUUGCACUUUGGGCUCCCAAUCGACGGGAAUGCCGUCACGGGCGUAAGUGCGAUAGCUGAGUCGACUGCACUUUGUUAUAGUCUACUAGAAGCCUCGCCCGAAGAUGAUAAGUCCAAUUUUUCGAAGUUGAAAUUUACAUGGCUGAAAGCCAAUUUUGAGCAUUUAUCAAUUAAUGCCACUGAAGAAGAGUUGAUGUGCUCAGCUCGAGCGUACAUUAUGCACAUUAUAGGGGGUGUACUGAUGCCCAAUUCGAACAACAACAAGGGUGGUCACGCCAUUGCCAUAGGCGGCACCACCCUGACCAUACCAUUUUCGUAA